CACCUUGUGUGGUACCUCACGUAUCCCAAGGACGAGUAAUCCUGUUAUCCAGAAAUGAUACGGCGCCGACUUCUACUGUAGUUCAACACGGUGAGGCUCUUUCCGUCGACUGUGACCCCCAAUAUGAAUUUUUGGCUAGUUUAUCACCAGUCACUUGCAACAACGGCACAUGGACCUUUAUUCCCAAAUGUGAACCAGCCAGGUGCAAGCUUUUGCCAAAGUCACCUAGAAAUGGAAUGGUUCUGGCACCCAAGAUGGAACACGGAAUGAAGGCAAGAUUUCGAUGUAAGGACGGUUAUCAGCUAAAAGGUCAACAUUUAAUGGAAUGUUCGUUUGGAAACUGGACUGGAGAAGUGCCGAAAUGUGAAGAAGUUUAUUGUCCCUAUCCUGGAAUAGUAGAAAAUGGUAAGAUUCUAUUAGUGGGCAAUAUGGGCCUGUAUGAUUAUAGGCCUUAUGUGAAAAAAGUUACUAACAAUAAGCAGAUAAUGUAUGAUUGUGAUAAAGGAUAUAUAUUGGCAGAAGGUCCUCCAGGAGCGACGUGUAUUGGAGGACAGUGGAGUCCGAGACAACUUCCAAA